UCCAUCUCAAACUUUGCCUCGAUUCAUUUCGUUAUCGAUUUCUUCUUCUACCUUUCACGGAAUUACUGUCAAAGAUUUGUAAAGAUAUGCAAAGCUGUGCUGGAUUUCAAUCUUGAUAUGAUAUGAUGCCCGUUCGGUAAAUCUUUGAGGUAAGAGUGGGGUGAAACAUGUUUCUUUCAGAGCAGGAACAUUCUGAUCAUGUUUUCAGUUCCACCAAAACUUCACGCAUUCGGUUUUCUUCAGAUUGUUCUCCAGAUUCUCGAGGCACACCUAUAGAGUACGAGUGGACAGAUUAUUGCCCUGAAGUUUUCAGGAAACUUCAAGAUUUUGAGAAUAUUGAUACAGGUCACUACCUGCUAUCUGUACGUGGUCCUGAAACCGUAAAGCUACUUUUUCUGAAAAAGAAAAAUGGUCCUCGUCAUUUCUCAUCCUAUGACAAUAAGUUUAUUUUCAAGACCUUAAGCAAACCUGAGAUGAAGGUAAUCUUAGACAUGCUACCAAAUUACUAUCACCAUGUGAACAAGUACAGAAACACUUUGUUAACAAAAUUUUUCGGACUCCAUGCUGUGAAGCCAUCAAAUGGACAGAAGGUUUGCUUUGUUGUAACGGAAAAUAUUCUUCAAUCAGAUGUAAGCAUUCACAAGACUUUUAAUCUGAAAUGUUCAUACCAGAGUCGAUUCAUCAGCAAAACAGGAGCUGAGGAAGAUCUGCAUUUUGCCUUCCGUCUCCGUACAUCAACACGAAAUCAGUUACUAGCGCAAAUCCAGUACGACUGCAAAUUUCUAGAAGAUGAAGGCAUCAUGGAUUACACUUUGUUGCUAGGAAUGCAUGUCUGCCCUGCACCCUUUGAUUCGGUUAUUAAAGAUCGCAAUACUCCGGCACGUGUAGCAGGGUCGGAUGAUGGCAAGAGUUCUCCUUCAGACAGUCCGAAGCUGUCGCAAAGUGAUGAAGUUGCAGAUUCUGUUUCUGCGGCCGAAUCAGAAUCAUCCUGCCAGAUAGAGUCUGGUGUUAAAUUUGGUGUCAAAAUGCCAGCACGUGUAGUUAACACUCGAAGAAAAGAAAGCUGGAGUGCAGCACCAGUUCGAGCAGCUGGGAAGGAGGAAAACAACAAGGUUUCUUAUUUUGGAAUUGUGGAUAUAAUUCAAGGAUGCGGCGUGCUUAAGCGCGUGGAGAACGCCUUAAAAAAUCUACAUUAUGACCUCCAGUCAACAUCAGCAAUAAAUCCCAAGGCUUAUUCAGCUCGUUUUCAGGAUCUCGUGUGCUCACUUUUUCCUGAAAAAAAUUAUUAGAUAACUUUCUUAGGAUUCAACAUGUAUUUUUCUAAUUAAUAAGGAUAUGCCAAAUGACGAUUCUUAUUAGAAGCUGACAGCUUUCAGUGUAAGACACUAUUCGUGGACAAAUGUAUGACAACCAAUAAUCUACUAACCAGAACAAUGAAAUGCCCAGAGAAAAAUAUUAUUUC